AUGGAUAAUAAGACACAUUUUUUCUAAAUAAAGGCUAUUUUCUAAAAGAAUUUGUUAUGCUCCUUUAGAAAUAAAGAAUUUUUAGCAGAAACCCUAAUUCCUUUUAUAUGUGGAUUGAGUUUGGCUGCAAAAGAUAUCGAUGGAACAUAAUUGAUACAAUUUUUUUCUCCAUUUUUUUUUGCUUUGGCUAUCUUUUCAAAUCCAAGAUCACUAUUGAUACAUUUAUGUGAAGAGAAAGAACUAAAAUUUAAAGAAACACAAAAAGUAAUAAUCUUUAUUAAAAGUAGAUUAUGGGUUUGAAACAAAAUUCAUAUUUAAUUGGAUGGAUGCUAUAUGCUUAUUGUAAAACAUUAAUGGUAUAAUACUAAUAUAUAUUGAAUAGUCUAUGAUUAUAUUUUUUUUUUCUUGGGUUUUGUUUGGAUAUAUAAUGAAUGAGAGACAUAAUCGAAACAUAUAUGGAUUUGAUGAUGACACAGAAUGGUAUAUAAUAUUUGGACUUUAUUUCAUUUAUGCAACAGCUUUGAUACAUUAUUCAAUGUUUUUAACAACAUUUUUUUCAAAAUCAAAGACUGCUAAUGAAAUUACAACAUUUUUAUUAGUUGUAUCAUUAAUAUUACCUUUUUUUGGAUUUGUUGAUAAAUUUUAAAGGUAUUUUAAUAUCAUUUAUAAUAUAUUAGUACUUUCUUUUUUAUUUUAAUAUCCAUAUUUCCAUAAACAUGUAUUGCACUUUCAUAUUUAUCAACACAAUAUGGAGCAUAUAGAUAUUUGAAUAUCUNGUAUGAUUACAAUAACUCAUUCAAAUUAUGA